UAUUUUCCAAAACGACCCAAGCACAUGCUUAUAGUCGAAGCAAAGUUUGAUGGUGAACAGUUGGCUACUGAUCCUGUAGAGCAUACUGAUCAGCCAGAAUUUGCUACGGAAUUGGCUUGGGAACUUGAUAGGAAAGCACUUCAUCAGCACAGGCUGCAGCGUACACCUAUCAAACUCCAGUGUUGUGCAUUGGAUCUUGUAUCUUCAGCUAAAGAGAAUAUAGGCUAUAUUGUACUUGAUUUAAGGGCUGUGCAGGAAAAGAAACAGGCACCAAAGUGGUAUCCUCUGCUUAGUAACAAAUAUACUAAAUUUAAAUCUGAAAUACAAGUGGGUGUUGUGUUGGAGACUGAUUCAAAAGCAGUGGUCGAUGCUUUUAAAGCAAAGGAGGCACCCCCAAGAGAAGGGAAGGCAUCUGACCUUCUUUCUGGACUAGACCCUAAAAGUAUUGUACCAGUCUUAAAUGAAGAAGAGGGCUAUCAUCAAAUUGGACCAGCAGAGUAUUGCAGAGAAUGCUUUGUCUUGUCUGUAACCAUUGCGUUUGCCACACAGUUAGAACAGUUAGUUCCUAGUACUAUGAAGCUUCCUGAACCACAGCCUCAGUUUUUUUUCUACUACUCGUUACUGGGAAAUGAUGUCACAAAUGAACCUUUCACUGAUUUAAUUAAUCCAAACUUUGAGCCAGAAAGAGCUUCAGUUCGAAUACGUAGUACAGCUGAUGUCCUUCAAGUUUAUCUUUGUGCACAAUCAAAAUUGCAGAUCCAUCUUUGCUGUGGGGACCAGUCUCUCGGAAGCACUGAAAUACCCUUGUCUGGACUACUGAAGAAAGGAAAUGUGGAGAUUGAUCAACACCCUGUUGCAAUAGAAGGAGCAUUUGUCCUUGUUCCACCAAAUAGAACUAAACAGAAACUGCCACAGUUGCCUUUGGAUAUGUGCCCUACUGUUGGGGUAUCUGUAAUUCUGCAAAGGGAGAGCUUGAGUGCCCAGCCUUUGACUCCUUUAAAUGCUCCAACUGAACUUAAACAGCCACAGGAGAAAGUUCUUUCAGAUGUUAGUGGAAAAAUAGAGGGCUUGCAGCAGAGACCCCAGAAUGUCCCAUCUCAAGCUGAUAGCUCUUCUUCAACAGAAGAUGAAGCAACAGAAAGUGAAAUGGAAAGUCUUCAGUUUGAAAAAGGCACGAAACUAAAGAAAAAGGCUGAUAAUGAUCCAGUAGCUGCGUCUCAACACAACCCUGUGGGUGCAUCUAGUUCUUCUGAGCCUGUGACAGCACAGAAAAUUGUCAUUCCAGCAGCCUCUCACCAUUUUUGCUUUUCAAUAGACCUACGAAGUAUACAUGGUCUGGAAGUUGGUUUUCCAAUAAAUUGCAUUUUAAGGUAUUCAUAUCCAUUUUUUGGCAGUGCAGCGCCUAUUAUGACAAGCCCACCUGUAGAAGUCAGAAAGAACAUGGAAGUCUUUCUUCCACAGUCCUACUGUGCCUUUGACUUUGCAACUAUACCUCAUCAGCUUCAAGAUACAUUCUUCAGAUUACCUCUGCUGGUUGAAUUGUGGCACAAGGAUAAAACAGCUAAAGACUUACUUCUAGGGGUGGCAAGACUUCAGCUUUCGAAUGUUUUGGCUUCGGAAAAAACCCGGUUCUUGGGUGCUAGUGGUGAACAGUGCUGGCGUCAGACUUGUAAUGAAACAGUCAGUGUCAUAGCAGCGCAAGGGUCAGGCAACAGAAUAGCAGAGCUUUCAUAUGCUAUCACUUUGGAAGACUAUGGGCUUGUGAAAAUGCAAGAAGUUCUGGUGUCAGAUUCUUCUCAAUGUGUAGAUGCUGGUCAACAACGACAUGUCACUCACACUCAGCCUCAUUGUGCCCUGGAAAACCAUCCAGAACCUCGAGAAACUCUUGAAUACAAAGCAGCACUGGAGUUAGAAAUGUGGAAGGAAAUGCAAGAGGACAUUUUUGAAAAUCAGCUUAAAAAGAAGGAAAUGGCCCAUAUGCAAGCACUUGCAGAAGAAUGGAAGAAAAGAGAUAGAGAGAGAGAAGCAUUAGUGAAGAAAAAGGUAGCAGAAUAUACUGUUUUGGAAGAACAGCUUCAGAAGACCCUGAGAGAUCUAGAUAAGCGUGAACGACAGCUUUUUAGUGCUGAAUCAGAGCUUCAAAGAGUAAAGAAGGAGUUGCAAGCAGAGCAUGAACGAAAUCUGCAGGAGCUACAGGAUUCUGUGCGGCGAGCCAGAGAAGACUGUGCAUAUCAGGUUGAGCUAGAAAGGUCAAAAAUCAAACAGGUGGAAGAAGGCAAGCUUCGCUUACAGCAACAGCUUUAUGAAGCAGAGAAUAAGCAUAAAAUUUUGGAGAAGGAGUUCCAGCAAUACAAAGAACAGCAAAGUAGCAAACCAGAAAUCCAGCUACAAUCAGAAAUAAAUCUUCUCACUUUAGAAAAGGUUGAACUUGAAAGAAAGUUAGAGUCAGCUACCAAGUCAAAGCUCCACUACAAACAACAAUGGACAAGGGCUUUGAAAGAACUUGCAAGGUUAAAACAGCGUGAACAAGAAAAUGCAAUGGCUCACCUUAAAAAACAGCAACAAGAACUGGAGCACAUGAGGUUGCGCUAUUUGGCAGUAGAAGAAAAAGAGCUGGGAAAAACAGACCGACAAGAGCUGGAGGAUAUCAGAAAUGAACUUAACAGGCUAAAGCAGCAAGAAGAAGAAAGAAAGCAAUUGCAAGAUGUUAGAGAUAAUUCUGCUGGAAGAGUAGAUAGUCUUCAUUCGAGAAAAUUAAAUGAGAACAUGGAUGAUUAUCUCUCUCGUCUGAUAGAAGAGAGGGAUACCCUGUUGAGAACAGGAGUGUAUAAUCAUGAAGACCAUAUUGUAAGUGAACUUGAUCGUCAAAUCAGAGAAGCUAUUGCAAAAAGGAGCAUCGCUAAAUAA